GGAGCAAGCAGCACCAGGACCAGAUGCUGGUGAACCCAGCAGUGCACCCUCAACCUGCCAAUUGGAGGAACGAGUUGACCAUGUAGUCGCAAUGCUUGGAGACAUCAGCACCUUCCCCGCACCAGCCACCAUCAACAAGCAGCUCGGCACCUAGAACACUGAUCUCAGGCAGCUACAACAGCCACCCAGCAACGAUGGCAGCAACAGUGCAUCGCGGCCAUACAAGAUGCCAACUUUCCGGAUUGAGAAGUUUGACGACUAUACACAUCAGGACCCAGUCAUCUGGUGGGAAGACUUUAUGAUGGAGCUUGGGAUUCAUGACGUCCCCGCUCACUUGUACAUCUCGGCGCUGUUCCUCAACGCCAAGGGCGGAUGCCAGAUCUGGCUCAGCCACAUGGCAACCAUCCACGGUGUCCAGGUCUCCGAUCUGCACAAGAAGAUCUCCUGGGACGAGAUGACGAGGGAAUGGAAGAAGCGGUUCAUUGUCGACGACGCCCUGACGCUCGCCAUUAACCGCCUCUUCAGCAUGACUCAAGGCAACACACUGACAUGCGACUGGCUCACGGAAUGGCAAAAGAUCGUGGCAACACCCGAUCUUGACUUGCCAUUUUCGCAUCUGCGCCAGGAGUUCUACAACCGGUCGUGUGUCGCCUUGAGCCUCGCACUUGGUGAUCGAGAACAGUACACGACCUUCGCCGAAAUUAUCGACAAGGCGCGUGACAUCAUCAAGAGCAACCGGGCUGCUGCACACGAGAAGUCAGCGUGGCAGCCAGCCUAUGUGGAGAGAGGAAAAUUUGGCCCGCGUCCGCAGCAAGUCGCUGCAAUCCAACCGGACAGCAUUGUCGAAGACCCGGCAGCCACCCCAGCAUCACGUGAGGGAGAUCAGGUGGCCGCCGUCCAGCCGCGAAGCAACAACUCCCCUAUCAAAGGGAAGGCGAAAACAGCAUCGCCGGCCGGAAAUGGACAGCCAGUACCAUGGGUCAAGUUCAACUUGACGGAGGCCGAAUACAAGUACCGCAGCCGAUACGGUAGAUUGCCAAAACCGCAUUGCAACGUGCUUAUGGCACGAUUGCGGGAUUACUUGCACACUGCAGUACCAGCUCCAUUGAUGGACGCCGGAGUAGCGGUUGUUGACCUUCACGACUACGUUGCGAAGAUCGACCUCGAGUUCAAGACACAACGGCACGACAACAUCGACGCGCCAUUGUUGUGCAUACGCAUUCAGAUCAGAGAGGCGACCUGCAACGCUUUGAUCGAUUGCGGAGCUACUCGCAACUAUAUCAGCCAAGACUUUAUGCUCAACGCACAAACCGUCAAGAACGUCAGCCCUCUUCCAUGCAUCGACGACCUUCUCGAACAGCUGGGCGACGCUAAAUUUUUAUCCAAACUUGACCUCAAAUCGGGAUAUCACCAACUUGAGAUCCGACAGGAAGACCGCUACAAGACCGCGUUCAAGACACGAUAUGGGCAUUUCAAAUGGUUGGUUAUGCCAUUUGGCCUUACGAAUGCCCUGGCCACAUUUCAAGCGGCUAUGACGACAGAGUUCCGACACAUGCUGGACAAAUUUGUACUCAUCUACCUCGACGAUAUCUUGGUGUACAGCCGGAGCACCGUUUUGGAACGGCUACGACAAGCCAAGUACAAAGCCAACCACAACAAAUGCGAAUUCACGCGGCAAGAGCUCGAGUACUUGGGCCAUUAUGUGACGCUGCAAGGCAUCCGUCCGCUUGCGGACAAGACCGAGGCCAUCCACGUAUGGCCCAAGCCCACCAACACCACGAACGUUCGCUCAUUCAUGGGGUUGGCGGGCUACUAUCAACGCUUCAUCACCGGGUACUCAAGAAUUGCCGCACCAUUGACGAGAUUACAAUUGCCAAAGGUGCCAUUCGUAUUCGAUGACGACGCGUGCUGGUCAUUCCAAGCACUCAAGACGGCCAUGCUCAUGGCACCCGUCCUUAGCAUCUACGACCCCACCUUGCCAACGAGAGUGACUACUGACGCUUCCGGCUAUGGCAUUGGGGCAGUCUUGGAACAACACGACGGCGACGAUUGGCAACUCGUGGAGUAUUUCAGCCACAAGGUGCCUCCCAUCAAUUCACUUGAUGAUGCCAGGAAGGAGCUGCUUGGGUUCGUGAUGGCUCUUAAGCGAUGGCGGCACUUCCUCCUUGGGUGUCGUAGGUUCACAUGGGUCACCGAUAACAACCCGUUGACCUACUACAAGACGCAAGAUACAGUGAGCAGCACGAUCGGACGAUGGAUGUACUUCAUCGACCAAUCUGACUUCACACCUAAACAUCUCGCCGGCCUUUCCAAUCGCGCAGCAGAUCCACUCACGCGAAAACCCGAUCUGUGCGCUAUGACAUAUCAUGCAUUCGCGUUCGACGAGGAACUCCAGCGGCAUUUCAUUCGGGGCUACCAGUCCGAUCCAGAUUUUGCCACGCUAUAUGUGCAGCUAUCUUCGGAUCACCCGCCGACCAGCCAUUAUCGCAUCAUCGGCGGGUACGUGCGUCUCCACUCGCGAGGCAAGGACUUAUUGUGUGUCCCAGGAGACCGUCGUCUUCAGACUCGCCUUCUCGGCGAGUACCAUGACUCGCGACUCGCCGGCCAUUUCGAAGUUAAUCGGACCAUCGCACGACUUCGACAACGAUUCCGGUGGUCCGACCUCAUUACCGAUGUCACUCGGUAUUGCAACUCUUGCGAAGUUUGCCGACAAAGAAAGCCCACAACCGCAAUCCUUACGGCGAGUUGCGCCCGUUGCCUAUUCCACGAGAACCUGGCCUCUCCAUUGCCAUGGACGUCACCGGCCUGUUUCCCCACGACCGCCUCGAGCACGACGCCAUCCUCACGGUCGUUGACCGAUUGAGUAAAUACGUGCGAUUUCUCCCUUGCAAGUACUACGCCACGGCUCCCGAACUUGCACGCCUCUUGCACAUCG